CUUUUCACUGUCCAUAUUUCUAUUUGUUUUUGCAUAUAUAGAGAGAGAAACCAAGAAAAUAAAAAUGGUGGGCGAUUUCAUGGUGUAUGUUGAUCACAUAAUAUCAUCGGCGUGUUACGAUUCCACCAACGAAAGAGAGAGUCUUUUAGGAAACUCAAACGCCGGCGGUGAAGCAAUCGUUCAACAGAACAAUCAUAUCUCCCCUGUUGUAAAAUACAGUACUGGAGAUGAGGGUUGUUCAAAAAAGGUAGUGAGAGAAGAAUGUAGGAUUUGUCAGGAAGAAGAUGAAGAACAGGAUAUGGAAGUUCCUUGUUCCUGUAAUGGGACUCUCAAGUUUGCUCAUAGGAAGUGUAUUCAAAGAUGGUGCAACAAGAAAGGAGAUAUCACCUGUGAAAUCUGCAAUCAGGUCUAUACUCCAAACUACAUACUUCCUCCCAAAAAAAGGAGCAAUCAUGAUGAUGUUAUGACAAUUGAUAUCAGGCAAGCAUGGGGAUCACAGAUUGAUCUUAGGGAUGCUCGUUUCCUGGCUCUAACUGCUGCCGAGCAUCAGUUUCUUCAAUCUGAAUACGAUGAUUAUGCUGGUUUAAACGGGGGUGGCAUUGCCUGGUAUCGAUCUGCUGCACUCCUUUUAAUGCUGAUUCUGCUUCUUCACCAAGCUUUGAUGAUUACUAAAGAUUUCGGGAUGUUACAGGAAUCAUCGAGUUUCUUUCAUUUUCAGGUUUCAUUUCUUCAAUUUGCUGGAUUUCUUCUUCCUUGUUAUGUAAUGUUUCGAACAUGCUACAUUAUUCAAAGCCGAAGAAGGCGACAGGGUUGAGAAAGGAAGGAAUGAAAGGAAGGUUGAGAUCGAAUUCGUUUGGGAUCUCAUUCAAAACCGAUCAAAGAUAAGAGUAAUGAUGCUCAUGAACUCGCAAAUGUAUAUAUUAUUGAGUUCAUAAGGCUGGUCUUUGUUUCUUGCUUUUGUUUUUCCUUGUAUAUGCUAUCGAUGCUUUCGGGCAUUGUUUGAAUUGUGUUUAAUCGAAACAAAUUCGGUUUAUCUUAUUGG